AUGGCCGGCUACGACAACAGACCACUGAGUUUCUCUGAAAGAAGAGGGAGCAUGCUCAGCGACGACAUGACGCUCAACACCGGCGGAGCCCCUAGCAGUUCAAGGCUCGACAAGAUGCCCCAGCGACCAGGACACAUGAGAGGCCCUCCAACACCGAGCAUGACAACCCCCGCCGCAGACUUUGAUCAGCAGUUGACCGGCUCGCCGCCUCCCCCGCCCACACCAGCAGCCUCCCCUGGCCCCUCUCACCGUCAACUCGACUGGAGCGAUGCCGCUGAUGACGAGGACUUCUUCCUGGCCAAAGUGCGCCAUCAUUUUAAGAACUCGGGCGGCCCUCACCGCACCCGCCUUUUGGCCGACCUCCUGAACAUGUGCACAAGCCAACAGCUGAGCUUCGUUCAUCAGUUCGUCAGUCCUCUUCUCAAGAAGGACCCCUUUACCAGUCUUCCGGAUGAGCUAUGCCUACGUAUUCUCUCCUUCAUCGACGACCCCAAGGUGCUAGCUCGUGCCUCGCAAGUUUCCAGGAGGUGGCGGGACCUGUUGAGCGAUGACAUGACAUGGAAGAAUCUUUGCGUGAAACAUGACUAUGGCAGACGCUUGUCAGAGGUCUCGAUAUCGAUGGGAAGCGGCUUACGGCCUGGAGCUCAGUCUUUGUGGGGGGAUGAAUACGCCAGCAGCAGCUUUCCAGGCGCUCUACCAAUGACGGCUCAUGCUUCGGGAUCUCGCAGCCUCGACGGUUCUGGAAAUGCGCGACCCAAGAUGAGAUCCUACAAGUCGCACUUCAAGCAACGGUAUCUUGUCGAGGCAGCCUGGAGAUCUGGCGGUACCAGUACGACAAGGAACAUAACCCAAGAGGGUGGUGUCGUCACGAGCCUCCAUCUAACGCCCAAGUACAUCAUCGUGGCUCUUGAUAACGCCAAGAUCCACGUGUUUGACACCAAGGGCAAUCAGCAACGUACUCUGCAGGGCCAUGUUAUGGGCGUAUGGGCGAUGGUCCCUUGGGAAGACAUUCUGGUCAGCGGUGGAUGCGAUCGCGAUGUGCGAGUAUGGAACCUGGCCACAGGGUUUGUGAUCAUUAACAUAGACAGGGCAUGCCUCCACACCCUUCGAGGGCACACAUCGACAGUUCGUUGCCUGAAGAUGUCCGACGCAAACACGGCGAUAUCGGGCUCGCGCGAUACGACGCUUCGAGUAUGGGAUAUCCGGACCGGGCUGUGCAGAAACGUGCUCGUUGGCCACGGUGCCAGCGUGCGAUGCCUGGAAAUCAAGGGGGACAUUGUUGUCUCCGGCAGCUACGACACCAUGGCCAAGGUUUGGAGCAUUUCAGAGGGCCGGUGCAUCCAGACGCUACAAGGUCACUUCAGCCAGAUCUAUGCCAUCGCCUUCGAUGGCAAGAGAGUGGUGACUGGUAGUCUGGACACCAAUGUGCGAAUCUGGGACCCAAGAACAGCGUCUAGUGAGUGCUUGGCCAUUCUACAGGGCCACACGUCCCUCGUCGGUCAGCUGCAGAUGCGCGGAGACACUCUCGUCACCGGUGGCUCCGAUGGCUCAGUCAGAGUCUGGUCGCUGGAGAAGAUGUGCCCUAUUCAUCGACUUGCUGCACACGAUAACAGCGUGACCAGCUUGCAAUUUGACGAUACGCGGGUCGUCAGUGGAGGCAGUGAUGGCCGAGUCAAGAUCUGGGACUUGAAGACAGGCCACUUGGUUCGGGAGCUCAUAGCCCAAGGCGAGGCUGUGUGGAGGGUAGCUUUCGAGGAUGAGAAGUGCGUGGCACUUGCUUUGCGGCAAAACCGUACCGUGAUGGAGGUUUGGUCCUUCUCCCCCCCCGAGGACGUACUGUACGACCGUCCACUCUCUCUCCAACAGCGAGUCUUGCAAGAGGCGCCACAUCGGCCAAUGAGUGCCAUGCAGCUCGACUACAGACAAUCACAGCCGGCAGUCGCAGGUCCUAGUCGGGAAGCGGUCGGCAGCCAGGAUGUCGAUAUGAGAGACGCUGGACCAUCCACAGCCCCGCUUCAGGGCGGCAACAAGACUUUCUUUCAUGAUGACUAA